AUGGUGAAUCUGCUGAUUGUGCAGCAAAAAAUGCUUGACUCUGAGGGUAAGGUGGGGGAAGCAGCCCCAAAUCCUCAUAAAGAUAAAAUGAAGGGAAAGAUUGAGGAUAGCCCCAAAGCGGCUUCUGGGGGUGUUCAAGAACCAAACAAAGACUUUGUAAUUGCUCCACCUCCUGGUGUGCUAAAGAAAGGUUUAGAGAAGUUCAAGCUCUGUCUUGUGGGAGUUUUUUUCGAAGGGCACCUUGCCCCUUCGAAAGUGAUGGAAUUAACUCGCAAAGCAUGGGAUUCAAAGGGUUGUGUCAGAUCUGAGGCUGAGAUGAACACUGUUUUGGCGAGGGGGACCUGGUAUUUUGAGCGUAAACCACUCAUUCUGCAGGUAUGGGGUGCUGACUUGGGGGUAGGAAAACCAUCUACUCUAAAUCCGGUUCAAUUUGCUAAACUUUGUGUGCGCUACAAGGUUGGAAAUCCUCUUCCUGAAAAAAUUAAGGUUGCUGCAAUAGAUAUGAAAACAAUGGAGUUUUCUUCUACUGAGUUUGUUGAUGUUGCAGUAUCUUAUCCUCAAAGGCCUAUGGUGUGCUCGGGGUGUAAUCAGUUGGGGCACCUAGUUGAGCCGGUGAAGGUUCAAGAAAUCUCAGUCCCUCAAGCUACAACUGACUCCAACAACAAUCCCUCAUCUUCUGCAGUUAACAUAGAAUCUAUUCCUGGAACUGAGUCUGCUGUCCUAGAGGAAAAAUGGACUACUGUCCAUGGUAAGAAAGCUAGCCUGCCAAAACAAAGCAAUGUGAGUACUAGUUUUCAAAUGCCUAUCUACUCUGCUCUGUCUAAAUCAUUAUCAAAGGAUUUUAUCGCCUCUAAUAGGCUAAGCCUAAUCGCCCUCCUGGAGACUCAUGUUAAAAAGGAAAACUCAAUUUUUGUUUCGAAGUUGGUGGCUCCUCACUUCGAAUGGUUGUUUAAUUAUGAUCAUCACUCCAAUGGAAGAAUUUGGAUUGGAUGGAAUCCCUGUGUUUGGACCAUUUCUGAUCCUGUUUUUCACGCUCAACAUAUCUCCUGCAAGAUCUCUCUGUUAGCUUCUAUGGCUAAUUUUUUUGCUUCGUUUAUCUACGCUUUUAAUGAUAACAUUGAGCGUCGCAUUCUCUGGAAGGAUUUAUUGGAGUAUAAAGGAAGUUUUAUUGGCACUAAUGUGUCUCCAUGGCUGAUUACUGGAGACUUUAAUGUAUGUCUUCACCCUGUGGAUAUGAAUAAUUCUAAUAUAGUGACUGCUGACAUGAGGGAGUUUAGAGAUGCAGUCGAUACUUUGGAUGUUUUUGAUCUAAAUUUUACGGCAAGCUUUAUACCUGGUGGGAUUCACAUGAUUGAUCAUAAGGACUUUCUUUGCACUGUUAAUGAGGCCUGGAAUGUGACUACUCGGGGUGAUCCGUGGUAUAUUCUUUCUUCAAAGAUAAAGCGAGUUAAAGCUGCUCUGAAACGCUUAAACAAAUUUGUUGUUGUGCUCCGCUCUUCACAAAGCCCUUUCUGUGGAGGAAACGUUCUUAAACAAAAAUCCAGGGUAAAGUGGCUCGACUUGGGGGAUGGAAAUAAUGCUUUUUUUCAUAGAGCUUGUAAAAGUCGAUGGAACACAAAUAAAAUUGUGGCCAUUGAAGAUAGUUCUGGGAAUAUUAAAACCUCCCAUGGUGAUAUAGCAACUGUUGCUGUUGACUAUUUUAGGCGUAUAUUAGGUUCUUCUCAUCAGGUUGAUGUGCUUGAACCGGAUAUUACUCUUCCCUCAUUAUCUGAUCUCCAGCAAUCUUUUCUGAAUGCUCCUUUCUGUCGGGCGGAUGUUCUGUCAGCUUUCAAAUCCAUGGGUAAACGGAAGAGCCCGGGGCCUGAUGGUUUGACUCCAGAGUUUUAUCUGGCAGCGUGGGAUAUUGUUGGGGAAGAUGUCACAAAUGGAAUUCUUUAUUUCUUCGACUCUUGUGAACUCCCUCGUAUAGUCAACUCUGUUGCUAUAACUCUGAUUCCUAAGUGCUGCAAUCCAUCAAAAAUUGAAGAAUAUAGGCCCAUCUCGUGCUGUAAUACUCUUUACAAGUGUAUUACUAAACUGCUUGCCAGUCGGAUUCAACGAGUUCUUCCUCAGAUUAUCUCCCACAAUCAGUCCGCUUUUGUUCCUCAACGCUUGAUUGGAGAUAAUAUAAUGUUGGUCCAAGCGCUUUGUAGAGACUAUCACAGGAACGAUGGCACUCCAAGAUGUGCUUUUAAACUUGAUUUACACAAGGCUUUUGACAGCCUAAAUUGGAGUUUCCUCUUUGACAUUAUGGCCAGAAUGCACUUUCCAGAACGGUUUAUUAAGUGGAUCAGGGUCUGUAUCACUGGUUGCAUGAUCUCAAUUAAGCUGAAUGGAGUUCUUGAAGGGUAUUUCCAAUGCAGAAAUGGUCUCCGGCAGGGAGAUCCUUUGUCUCCCUUCUUGUUUGUUUUGGGCAUGGAAGUUCUUUCUGCUUUCCUACGCUCCAAACUGCAUAACUCUUUGUUCUCCUUUCACUGGCGUACUAGGCAGAUGAAGCUCACCCAUGUAAUCUUUUCGGACGAUAUAUUCUUAUUUAGUAAAGGUGAGAGCAAUUCAAUAUGCUUGCUACUGGAUAAUGUUAUCCGGUUUACUGAAUUUUCUGGCCUUAGUCUCAAUAAAAAGAAAUGUUUGGGUUUUUAUUGUGGUGUUCCAGAUUCUAUUAUUGAUGCUACUUCUCAGAGGUAUGGUUUUAGUCGAGGGACUAUGCCUAUCUCCUAUCUGGGAUUGCCCCUGAUCACUGGUAGAUUGAAUAAACAGCUUUGCUCUCCCCUUAUUUCGAGACUCUGUCAGAAAAUUGAACUCUGGUCUGUUAGAGUUUUGCGGUACAGUGGAAGGUUGCAAUUGAUAAAAUCUGUUCUUCAAGGGAUUCAAGGCUAUUGGUCGAUGUAUCUAUUUCUGCCAAAAGGUGUGUUAAAACAAAUUCAAUCUGUGUUGGCAAAGUUUCUGUUGGGAGGAGAUUUAUUGACAAAAUGCCAUUACAACGUUGCUUGGGUUGACUGCUGUGAGAAAAAAGAUGAGGGAGGUUUAGGAGUUCGAGACUUAUGUGACUGGAAUCGUGCUGCAAUCUUAUACCAGACUUGGCGUAUUGCUCACUAUAAUCCAACUUCGAUAUGGAUUCUUUGGGUACACUCCUCAUGGCAUGAUCCAUGGCUGAUAAGCUCCCCACUUAUUGAAAAAUUUGGUCUGGAUUUUCCGACUAUGAUGGACUCAGAUGUUAAUGCUUCGGUUGGCAGCUUAAUUCUUAAUGGGCAGUGGCAUGUCUCGACUUCAAAUGAUUAUAGGGCGAUUCAUUUUCGAAAUCUGUUAUCUAGUUGCAUUAUUGGUCAAAAGGAUGUCGUCUACUGGAAUGGAGAAUGCUCUGUAAAAAUCUCCAGAGUCUGGGAAUCCAUUCGGAGAAGAGGUUCGCCUAAACCAUGGCUCCCUCUCCUUUGGCAUAGAUUCCAUAUUCCUUCCUGCUCCUUCAUAUCAUGGUUGGCUUGUCGUGGGCGUUUACUUACCAAAGAUAGGAUGGCUUACUAUCAUUUGGAGGCUGAUCCUAGAUGUGUCCUUUGUAGCAGUUAUGAUGAAACUGUUGAACACCUUUUCACUAUUUGCCCGUAUUCGUACAUUAUUCUUCGGGGCUGUCCGUUUGAUCUAAAGAUUAAUUGGGACAGCUGGAUGCUUGGAGACUUUUUUAGUGACCAACUGUCCGCUAUUCAACAGCACAUAGGUCUUCUAUAUAUCACAGUUGCAAUUUACUUAAUUUGGAGAGAAAGAAAUAGCCGAAUUCAUGGUAAAGGCUCAAUGGGAGUGUCUCAUCUGGAGCAUAUAGUCAAGAGAAUGAUGCGGGAAAAGCUUUUCACUUGCAUAUCUUUUCGCAGAGAGUUAAAGCGUGACCCCACUUUAUGUAAUUUGCUAUAUUAG